AUGGAGGAGCCACAGUACCACAUCCUGGUCCUGAGGGGAGGGAGGUCCAUCAUGCUUGGUGACUUUGUGAUAAACAUAACUGACCUGCAUUCACAAGAGGCUUUCUUUCAAGGUGACAGUGAUAUAUCUGAACUGCUGCUGAACCCCAUCUCCCCUGAGCUGUGUGGCGAGUUAGGUGGCCGACAGGAGAUACUUAGCACAAUCCGGGGCAAGUCAGCAUCCCUGGUGGCAGAUCUACCUGUCGCAGAGCGAGACUCUGUGAAGCUGAUGGCAUUGGUGCAGACUGAACAUGACAAGUCGUACACGCUAAUGUCGCAGAAAACACAGCUGAUCCAUGUCAAGAUGGCAGAGAGACAGGACUACCAGGUGAUGGUGGACAAACUUGUCACCUGGCUGGAGGAUCGGGAGCGCACCGCAGAGAGGAGUGUCACCUUCAGACUCCUGGCCACUGAUGUGGACAAGCAGGCUGAGAAGUGCAAGAGUUUGUGCGCUGAAGUGCAGAGCCACAUGAUGCACCUUGAACCAGUCAAAGUUCAGGCUGAGACACUGAAGGCUGAAAGUGGUGAUGAGAUGGCCGCAGCAAUGGAUAAGACUUUCAGUGAAAACGUUCAUCCAUCGGCAGCCUCCAAGUGUUGUCAUGGUGACAGAUUGUACAGGACAUCCUCCACACUGUGGCUGCAGCCCGAAGACAGUUCGAGUCAGACUGUCAGCAGAUUGAGCGAUGGUGUGAGGACACUGAGCUGCAGUGUUCCACUGAUGUUCCCAUGGACUGCCGUGGAGGUGCUGCAAGAACAGAUGAAGACCUUCAGGGCUCUGCAGCAGUCAAGUGAAGGAUGUGCCGACCUCCUGGCCAUGACGAUACAGCGUGGUGAAGGCUUCUACACAAACCUCUAUGAAACAGAUCGACCGGUCCUGGACAAACAGCUUUCAUCACUGCCUCAACGUUUCAACCCCAUUUCAACCUCACUCUCUGAACGUGUGCUUGCCCUGGAGGUGGCUGUACAGAGCCAGACAGAGGCUGCUGCCAGCAUCUCACAGACUGAGGUGUGGCUGAAGACCAUGCAGGCGGAGAUGCAGCAGGUGCCCUUGGGAGCAUCAGUAGAAGAUGCUGAAGAUGCCAUCACAAGGUUCCAGGACUUGGAGCAGAAGCUGGCAGGGUAUCAGACGUCUGUGUCCAAGUUGAAUGAGACGGUUUCUGUCCUGAGGACUGCCGGACAGACCAGCCAGGCUGAGGCUGUACUCAAAGUGACCAGUCAGUAUGAGCAGCUGAUUGACCAGGUCUGCCAACACCAGAAGCGAUGUCGCCAGAUGCUCCAACUCCGCCAGCAGUUCCUGGCCCACAUCACCGACCUCGAGAACUCCGUCAGACAGUGCCAGGACAAGAUGGCUGCCAUGACAGAGCUGGGAGUGGAUGUUUCCACCAGGAUAGAGAGAUACCGGGAAAUUAAGGAUAAGCUGGUGAGUCUAGAGCCAGAUCUGUUUGUGGCCAGCGACCAGGUUCAGCAGAUGGCCAUUGACAACACAGCAGAAGAUGAUGCACGAAACAAAGAGAGAGUCCAAGCUGUGCGCGACAAGGUGAAGGACGUGCUGACUGAGGUGGACUCGAGGAAGCAGCAGUGUGAGCAACUACAGCAGGAACGAGAAGAUUUUGAGGAAAUGGUUGGGUCGACCAUUGCCUGGCUGGAGCAGAAGGAAGACAUCCUGGCAUCAAGGGGUGCGCUGAACCUCGACUCCGUCAAAGUGAACCCUGUCCUCAGCAAACACCAGACAAUGUCCAGCAAGGCUCUGGAGAGGCUGAGUGUGAUCCGAGAGAAGGCUGAGAUGGAGAAGCAGCACUAUGAUGAACUGCAGGAAGUCAUCCCUGUGGCCUUAAACGAGAAGCUCAGCCAGAUCCAUAGUCUGGAGGACUCGAUCAAGGAUGCCAUUGAGAAGAAGGAGCAGUACCUGGUGGAAGCCAAGGCCGACCGCGUCCAGUACGAGAACUCCAUGCGCCAGGUGACAGAGUGGCUACACGGGGCUGAGGACAUGUUGGACUCUGGCUACGAUGGCCUUGACUAUGACACGAUCAACAACACUCUCUCAGAAUAUACGGACUACUUCUCGGAGGCCAGCCUGUGCCAGGAUGAGAUGGAGCAAGUGAUGGAGCUGUCGGACAAGUUGCUUCCCACACUGGACACCAACGACAAGACCACUCUCCAGCAGUCACUCACCAGCACCAACAAGAAACUGGUGUCUGUCAUCUCCACGGCACAGAGCAAACAGGAACAGCUGGAGAUUAAGGCAUCAGAGUGGAAGGUGUUCCAGGCUGCCCACCAGGACCUUCAUCUGACUCUGGAGGGGCUGGAGACGCAGAUGGCGGAGGUCGACAAGAUGGCCAUUGGUACUCCACAGGAUCUGGAGCUGGCACUCCACAACACCAAGAACAUCCAAACAGUGAUGGAGUCCCAGUGCCGACCAGCGGUGGAUGAACUCAAUGACCACGCCCGUUCCUUGGACCGUGUUGCCAACUCCAACAGCCGCUCCCUCAUCAACAAACACACCUCCAGCAUAAACAGUCGCUGGAACACCCUUGUUGCACAGAUGGAGGCUAAACUGUUGAAUGUCCAGGAGACAGGCAAUCAGUGGACGGACUACGCCUCUGACCUGGAGAAGAUGGAAGUCACCCUGCAGGAUGUCCAGGACAAGCUUGAUGCAGCGAGACAUGCCCGUGACGCUGACGACCUCAACACCUACAUCACCAUCCUUCAGGAGUUGAGCCUCACACUGUCAAGUUCCGAGACCAGACUUGAUGUUCUGCAGAGAUCCAGUACAACUCUACAGCGUAGUCUGCCCACAGCUGAAGCAAGAGUCUCGAGUCACAACAGUCUGCUCUCAGCUCAGGAGAAAUUUGAGAGACUACGUGAUGAAGUGCGGAACGAGCUGAUGUCUGCCCGUGAAGACCAGGAGGAUCAACAGUCAUACCUGACAGAGAUCACACAGACAAUGACAUUGUUCACUCACACCCAGGAGGAGUUGAUGCAACUCCACAAGGGCCCGGAUCAGACACACACAGCAGACAGCUUACAGAGAUACAAGGUUCUUCAGCAAGAUGUCAGAACUCGGAUCCAGCAGUUCCACCGCAUUGUGCAGGUGCAGGAAGCUAAAUAUAGCGCUCAAGGGAAGCAACUACCUGAGUCGCUGCGUGUGGAGAUGGCACAGAUCAGGGAGCUGGAGGCAAGCAUCACAGACACAUUGCAGUCAAAGGAAGAGGAACUUCUGAAUCUGAGAGAAGAUCGUGAGCAGUACCAGACCCAGAUGGAGCUAGUGACACAAUGGCUGACACGAGCAGAUGCUACCUUGAGGAAACAAAUACCCAACCUGGAUAACAGUAAACAGGAGCACGAGGCCCUGCUUGGAGAGAUCCCAGAGUUCCAGACCCACCUUGACGCUGUGAGAGGAACAGGCAGCGCCCUCAUCCAGCACACCCCGGACCCUGCCGAGAAGUCCCGCAUCCAGAGCAGCCUCGCGGAAGUGAACCGCCAGUUUUCAGCGACACAGUCUCGAGUACGGGAGAGGAGUCAGCACCUCCAGGAAGCAUCACGACUGACAACGUUGUAUGGUGAUGGUGCAGCAUCAGUGACAACAUGGCUGAGGGAGGCAGAGGCCAUCAGCAGUGCAGAACUCAGCUGGACUGACUUUGAGACAGUCAACGAGGAACUAAAGACUUUCCAGCGACUAUCAGAGGAGUCCAUACAGAGCCAGACUCAACUGCGAAAUCUCCAUGUGACCGUGAAGCAGCUUAGUCAGUUCAGCGACACAUCCUCGGCCGCCGCCAAGCUGGACACCAUGGCACAGAGGGUGUCAAGGGUGUCCAUCACUGUGCAGGAUCGGCUGUCAACUCUGGAGAACACACACGCCCGUAUAGAGGAGUAUGAGACCGACAUUGCUGACAUCACCCGCUGGUUGGAGAAGACACGAGCACAGUUGGCUGAUCGGGAUCCACCGCUCGAUGUUAAGGCCCAUCUUGCUGGCAGUGAGCAACUGCUUCAAGAGCUGAGAGCCCAGAAGUCCAGGGCUCAGAUGCUCCUCCAGCGAUAUGAGGAUCUGAGAUCCCUGGCAGAGGUGUCAGCGCCCUCUGUUGGCUCACGUCUGCUUGUAGACAUCGGGCAGCUGGAGGAUGCAGCAGUGGAACAGUGCGAGCAGCUGCAGGAGGUCGUGCAGGAACAGGACAGGAAUGACACAGAGAUUAAACAGCUCAACACUGCCAUCGGAGAAGCACAAGAGAAACUGCUUGCAUCCCCAGUCCUUGCCUCAAGUGUGGAUACGCUGAAACAACAGAUAGCUGAACAUGACACUCUAGCAGCCCAGAUUAAGACUUACCAGGCCCGGCUCAGCCAGAUCAACGAGAAGAACCGAGGGUUGUCUGAGCGCAGCCUCCAGCGCAGCCCCACUCUAGUCCGCAGACGCUUCCUAAUGAACACUAGUGUUGGUAGUAGUGGAUUCUCUAGUGCCCACUUCCACAAUCAUAGUUCACCUCACUUUGGCUACACGGACAGUAUUGAAGACAGUGGUGCUCACAUGUCUGACUCUCUCAACACAAUGCCCUCCAGUCUCUCCUGGUCAUCGCUGUCCGACAGAUCUGACCGCACAUCAACCACAAUUCGCAGUGUGGGACAUCCAGGGGACCGCCAUCGGGAACAGGUAGACAGCUUUGACAGCUUCCGGUCCCAGAGUCUCACCAGUCUCCGUUCCGAGAGAGGAGGACAUGGUGGAGACAGACCAUCACCCUUCCAACCAAUCAAAAGUCAAAACAACACCGACAAGGUACCCCCAGGGGCCGACCCAUCCUCACAGUUGGUGGAGCUCAACACAUCCUGGGCCAGUCUACAGGAACAGGUUGUAGCCAAGGAGAAGGAACUUCACAGUGCUCUACAGCAACAAGAGGACUACCAGCGUUCUGUACAGGAAGUAACAGCAAAGAUGGAACAUGCUCAGAAGAGGCUGUCCAGCAGACCUCCCAGCCCCACAGACACCUUUGACAGACAACAAGAUGACCACAAGGAAACUCUGUCUGAGAUAGAUAGUAUUAAGAAUGAUAUUAUCCAACUUCAAGAGCAAAGUCGAAUGAUCCUUGACAAGUCUGAUCCUGAGGGACGUAAGGCCAUGGAGGCGACAUUGACGAUGCUGACAGACCGAGCUGAAAGCUUGCAGGUGAUGGCCAGUGAUGCGGGCCGUAAACUGCAGGCAGCAGUCAAAGAUCGGGAGAAGCACAAUAUUCUGCUGGAGGCUUACAAGAAGCGUGUGAAGGAUGUGGAAACAUGGCUGUCAGACACGAGAGUGAAACAUGCGACCAGCACACUGCCGACUGACACGCUAGAAGAUCUCCAGACCCAGAUGGACUGCACCAGGGACGUCCAGGAGGAGGUGAAUGUGCAUCUGCGCCUGGUGUCGGACCUGGCUGUGCAGUGUGACUCCCUGUGUGAGCAGGAGACCCCCACCAGUGCUGAGAAGCUGAGGACCCAGCUGGCCAGCCUGCAGAAGCAGCUCGGGGACUUCAAGCUGGAGACCAUCGACAAGCAGAGCCAGCUCCGUGGUGCCAUCAAGGAUGCAGACAAGAGACAGCGGGAAAUGUCCGACUAUGAGGACAAUGUUCAGAAACUGCAGCAGUGGAUGAGUGACACAAAGCAGAUGACUGUCCCUACCGUCAGGUCUGCAGACUACACUGCUGUGAUGCCUGAACGUCACCGACUCCAACAGGACCUGACAUCUGGACUAGUGGAGCAUCGCCAACUUGUCCAGCAAAUAUCAGUGACUGGUCAGCGGUCCAGAGACACAGCGAUGAUGUCUGAUACAUCUGAGCGGGUUGUUCCUGCCGUCGGAGAAACUGAGCUGCAUCUGAGAUGGGAAGAACUGCAGAAGGACCUGGCUGAGAAGAAGCAGACUCUGGAGGACUUGGUGAAGACGAGAACACCUGGGGAAGUACCAGCUGCAAGUUUCCGGCGUCAGAGCCUGUCCCCGGGGGUAGACCCCAGUAGGAACCUGGAGGAGAUCCGGCAGAUUGUGGGUGACCUGGGUGAGUGCUGGGAGCAGCUCCAGGGUCAGGUGGAGGACAGGCAGGUCCGGGUGGAACAGGCGCUCUCCUUCCAGCAGCAGUAUCAGCAGGCCCUCCUCACCAUCUCCUCCUGGCUGGACUCCGCCCAGAAAUGUAUCCCAACACCGUCAACAUCUCUAUAGAAUACUCCGACACUGGUGGCACAAGUAACACAA